AUGUGUUGCCAUUCGAAGAUCGUAUACGCCACCUGCGGUCACAGUGAGUUCGGUUCAAGGCCUCUGAUUAAGUGUCGCAAGGCUCCGGCAGACGUGGUGGUGGCUUCAAUGCCCAGAUGCGAGAUCUUUGCGCAUCCUUUAAAGACUCUUCGAAUUGAACGGCUAUGCCCGCGUUGUGAAGCCGGAAGAGAUACACUGUUGCGCAGCCAAGCUGGACGAUCCGCGGUCACAGAGUUGAGAUGGGACCGACCGCAGUGGCGA